AUGACUAGUUCAUUUUCAUUUGUUGAUGAACUUAUACGUGAUUAUCUUAAUUAUCGUGGUUUAACAACAACUUUAAGAACAUUUGAUAGUGAAAUAACAAAAAUUCCAAUUGGACAAUUUCGUGCUGAUCGUAUAACUGAACAAUUAACAAUUUAUAUUAAUCAAUUUGAUAUAAAUAAUUUAAUUGAUUAUUGGACACAAAUUGAACAACGUCUUUUAUCAACAUUAAUAAUACGUUCUCAACAACAAACAAAUGUAUUAACAAAAAUUCGUACAAAUUUAUAUCGUUGUUAUUUAAUUCAUGCAAUACAAUCAUCAAAAAUGGAUAAAAUUCAUGAAUUUUUUGAUCGUUUAACUAAAAUUUUACAACAAUCAAAUGAAUGGACUAAAGAUUGGUUUGCAUUACCAUUUAUAAAAAAUCCUGAAGAAAAUCCAACAUUUCAAUUAUAUUUUUCAAAACAAUGGAAUGAUCUUUUUUGGAUUUCAUUACAAAAUUUUUUAUCAACUGCUUUCUAUCAUAUGAUACCACCAAAAAUUUGCUCAAUGGAAGAAAGUAAUUCACAACAAUUUGGAAAUUUAAUUAGUCAACAAACAACAAAUUCAAAAUCAUUAUUUCCACCUUCAGCUCGUAUUGAUCCAUCGAUGGCUCAAUUUGCUGAAGUUCUUGAUGAAAUUCAAAUAUCACCAAAUGCUUCAGGAAAUGAACAACAACGUCAAACAAAUCCAACUAUUAUGUCUAAAUUUCGAAGUAAUUUUUUACCAAAUACAAAACAAUUAACAUCACGAAAUAAAUUACCUUCAUUUUCAACAAAAUCAAAUUUUGCUCAACCAUCUCAAGAAUCUACAACUGGUAAUCAAAUAUUAUUAGCAACAGAUGAUACAACAAUUCCACGAGUACCACCAUCAUCAAUAACAGCAACAUCUAUAUUAACAACACGAUCUAAAACAGCAACUAUUGUUCAAGAUGAUGCACAUAUCGAUAUAAAUGAAGAGAAAUUAAUUCAUUUGGCAGAAUUAACACAUCAUUCAAGUACAAUUAUUGAUUGUAAAUUAAAUAUGGAUGGUACACUUUAUUCUACACUUGAUAUUCAAAGUCAUGUUAAAAUCUGGUCAGCAACUGAAGAUUUCGAUAUAAUAACUUCACUUAUAUCACGUUCAGCACUUCAAUGUCAAACAUUCAAUACUGGUGAACCAUUACUUUAUUUAGGUACAUCAGUAUCGACCAUUAAAGUUCUACAUAUAACAGAAAAACGUAUUAUAAAUGAAGCAAUUAUUGAUAAAGAUUAUCCAAGAGUUAUGUUUAUGUAUCCACAUACAAUUCAAAAUCGUCUUUGUGUUUCAUUAGCAACUGCAAGUCGUUUAAAUACAAUAGAUAAUAGUCGUAUGCGUUCUGGUCGUGUAUCAAUUCUUGAUUUAAAUACAUGGUCUGUUGAACGUGUAUUAACUGAUAUUGAUGAUAAUUUUGUUACAUGUAUGACUGUACAUCCCGAACGACAAUUACUUAUUUUAGGUUUUAAUGAUGGAAAAUUAGCUUUAUAUGAUAUUCGUUCAAAUACUCUUAUUCAUCAAAAACAACAACAUUUACGUCUUAUUCAAGAUAUUCAUAUUGUUAAUGAUAAUUUAUAUUCAAUUGGAAAUGAUAAUAUAAUUAUUCAAUCAAAUUUAUCUUCAUUCGAUCAACCAAUACAAACAUAUGAAUUACCUUAUUUAGCUGUUGGACCUUUUCAAACAUGUAUUUCUAUGUCUUCAAAUGAUAAUAAUAAUUUAUCAUCACCUUCUUUUCAAAGAGCAUCAACAUCAUUAAGUACUAAUAAUUUUUUUCCAAUUGGUAAUGUUUUUGAUAUUGAUCCAUAUGAUUCUGAUCGUUUAAUAACAUGUAGUCCAAUAAAUGCACGUUUUUAUCGUUUAUCAAUUGGUGAUGAAGAUAAUAAACUUCAAUUUUCAACAUUAAUAAAUUCUUCACUUCAAAAUUCAGAGAAAUAUUUUCCAAGUUCAUGUGUACAUUGGAAUAAAGAAAAAGAUAUGUGUAUGACAGCAAAUACAAAUGGAAUAAUUCAAUUAUAUCGACGAAUAAAUAAACCUGAUUUAUAA